GGCCGCGUCCUGGUCUGCGAUGCCGGGCUCCGGCGGCUCGCUCCCGGUGGUCGUGACACCUCCAUCCCCGGUGUGAGACCUCCAUCCCCCCCGGUGUGACCGGAGACUCCCAGCCCCGGUCCUCGCAGCCCAUCCCCGGCUGCAGUGCACGGUUGGACCCGAGGUUCUGCCUCCAGGCUCCGGAGGAGGGAUGGGGAGCACGACCUCCUGCUGCGUGUCCGCCAGUCCCAAGCUCCGGCGGAAUGCGCACUCCCGCCUGGACUCGUACCACCAGGAAUCGGACCUGAGCCGCGACGAGACCGGAUGCAACCUGCAGCACAUCAGCGACCGGGAGCACGUCGACGAGUUGAACAUGGACUACAACCCGUCGGACCAUCCGAGGGCCAGCACCAUAUUCCUCAGCAAGUCCCACAAUGACGAGCUGCCUGUCAGGAACGUGCACGAAAAGCGAAAGAGCCUCUUCAUCAGUAACCACGGAACGUUGAGGCGGAGGUACAGCUCCUGCUCCACCAUCUUCCUGGACGACAACACCGUCAGCCAGCCCAACCUCAAAUACACAAUCAAAUGUGUAGCUCUGGCAAUUUACUACCACAUAAAAAACAGAGACGCAGACGGAGGAAUGCAGAUCGACAUAUUCGAUGAAAAGCUUCAUCCUCUCACAAAAACGGAGUUGCCGCCCGACUACGACCAGCAGGAUCCCGAGCAGCGGCACAUCUACCGCUUCGUCAGGACGCUGUUUAGCUCCGCCCAGCUCACCGCCGAGUGCGCCAUCGUCACACUGGUUUACCUGGAGCGGCUUCUGACCUACGCCGAGCUGGACAUCGGCCCCGGGAACUGGAAGAGGAUUGUCCUGGGCGCCAUCCUGCUGGCGUCCAAGGUCUGGGACGACCAGGCCGUGUGGAACGUGGACUACUGCCAGAUCCUCAAGGACAUCACGGUGGAGGACAUGAACGAGCUGGAGAGACAGUUCCUGGAGCUGCUGCAGUUCAACAUCAACGUCCCGUCCAGCGUCUACGCAAAGUAUUACUUUGACCUGCGCUCGCUCGCCGAGUCCAACAACCUGAGCUUCCCCCUGGAGCCGCUGGGCCGGGACAAGGCCCACAAGCUGGAGGCCAUGUCCCGACUCUGUGACGACCGGUUCAACGACGUGCGGCGGACGUCCAGGAAGCGCUCGGCCAGCGUGGACAAUCUCUGUGGGAUCCGAUGGGUUCCGGCGAUUCUCUCCUAACCACUAAUCCACCGCCGUUCACCACAGACGCUAACCGGGUGGAGAAAGCUACAGACACAGGUUGAUGGAUUAAAGGAAGUGGAAGUGGACCUGGAUCAGUCUCUGGGCCGUACGUCUUCAGACGCUGGACCACGUCUCUGCUCGUGGUUGAACUCCGGAGACACGCCCACUCCUUCCCAGUGCCUCAGCUCCCAGUGACAGAGAGAAGGAAGUUCCUGGUUUGUUCCGUCGCCGGUGACUUCUCCCGACGGCAGAGUGAAUCUGCCUUAAUGCAAACACUUCUACACCCGGCCUUUCAGACGCUAUUUAUUUCACCCCCGGUGGUUUCUCGACUUCUCAGCCGCUGCAGACGUCUGAUUCUCUAACAUUUCAAAACUUUUUGGAAUUUGUACCCCCGACUAUUUAUUUUCCUUUGACGAGUCUUAGAGUAAUAAAAGUGUUAGCAAGUUCUCUUCCUCUGGAAAUCUUUGUCGUUCGACGUUCACAGUGUUUCUAGAGUCGUCUUGUUGCUCAGAGACGUGAAAUCUACACCAGGAAACGUUUCUACCAGUUUAAGAUUCAGAUGAUUUUGGUUUGAUCCGAACAUUUCUUUAAGUUUCAGCAGUUUAUACAUUUUUUUCCUGAAGCCAUGUUGAAAUUUUCGACGCUUCACAGAAGCUCAGAGUGGAGCUAAAGCAGCUCUCUGUCGACAUCUAGUGGACAUUUGAGACAACUACCACUUCAGGUUUGGGGAAUGUUAAAGGGACAAUUCACCUAAAGUGGAGAUUGAAUAAUAGUUUUAUUUCUUUCCUUCAUUCAAGAAGUUCCAAUGAACAGAACAUCUCAAAACAAACAGUCGAGCAUGUGUCCUUAAAUACAAUGAAGCUGGACUAAAUUACUCACACUCGUAAAUAUCAGGCCCCUAAAUUUGAUUUCUAUUCAUCAAGAUCCACUAAUUAUUCCCUGGGAAAUAUGUGAAAAUGUCAAACUAAAAUCUAUUUUUUGCUGGGGUCAUGCUUCACCGCUCCACAAAAGUCAAUAAAAAUCGGUGGAGUAGUUUUUAGAUUAUCCUGCAGACACACAUAAAUACCAGUCCCUUAAACAUUUCUGAUUUUUAGUUAUUCCCAACGAAGAAAUGGAAAAAAUGAAAUCCUGGAUCUGUUGUUUUGUCCGGAUCUGUGCUACAACCUUUAUGAAUCCAUCACAGUGUGUAAAUGUUGUUGUAGUUUUGUGUUCUCCUGCUGACAGACACACAAAGAAACAGGGACUAUAACACAACCUCAUCGGUGGAGGAGGAAAUAAAAUCUACAAGAUGUUAAACCUUCUAGAAGUCAGUGAGGAAAAUAUGUGCAACGGUAAAAACGAGGGGAGCUGAUUACAAAUGUAUUUUAAGUUAAAUUAAGUAAUUUUCUAGAGGUCAACACAAGGUCAACUUUUCAACUGCAGACGCAACCAAAGAAAACGGCACAAGCGUGUGAACCAACAACCGUUUCCCUCAGAGUCGAUGAGAGGAUUAAGAGAAAGUCACUUUAUUUAGAUAUUCAUUACUCGUCUUUACAGAAAAGAGAUGGAGAAAAAUGACGAGGAAAAUAUAAAUUUCCUGCUGAGCCAAGAACUGCUGAAGUAUUUACAAUUUAUAUUUUUAAUGUAUUGCAUCUGAUUUAAAGUUAAUCUCUUCUAGCAAAUAACUGAUCAGAACUGAAGCAGCACAAUUAUUUUGCUAAUUAACUUUGUACAGUAAAGAGUGAGAACGGAGCCAGGACCAUUGUGACUCGUUUAUAUUGUUGAUUUGUGUUUCUAAUAAAAGAAAAUUGCUCUUGUCUAAUAA